UCGAGCUAUACGCACUCACCCCACGCUCACUGACGACAACAUGAACUUCAGGCUGGCGCUCGUGCUGCUGGUGGCUCUGGUCGGAGUCGCCGUCGGAACCGGAUCAUACGGACGCAGGACCGGCGGCGGAUACUACCGUGGAAACGUCGGUGGUGGCGGAUACUACCGUGGAAACAACCGCGGAUACUAUCCCGGGAACAGCGGAUACUCCCGUGGAAUCGGCGGCGGAUACCAGGGCGGCCGCCGCAUUGGAUACGGCCAUGGACAGAGGAGCUACGUCGGCUAGUCUCCCGACCGCUGCCGACCCGACCUACCGACCUAUCGAGCUCUGACCGCCCCGCUGGUAUCCGGCGGUGCGGCAGGGAAGGGGUGGCCGCCGUGCCCCUCGCCC